UUUAAUCUCAACGGUUUAGUUAGCUAAAAAGUUUCCUCAAACUGCUCCUGUCACGCAGUUCUGUCUUUGUCGUUUCCUCUCUUUAGGUGCGCGGUGUCAUAAAAACGGGAAUCGGGAAGUCAUGGCAGAAGAAAAACUCAAGAAAGAAGAAACUCUCGUAAUGAGACUUAAAUUAAUCGGCCAGUCAUGUAAGUUGUUUUAUUCAGAAGACCCAGUGAAAAUAACUAGAGCUAGAGGGCAAUACCUGUUUGAUGAAAAUGGCAAACGUUAUUUAGACUGCAUCAGCAACGUCCACCAUGUGGGCCACUGCCACCCUGCCAUUACAAAGGCUGCUUCUGCUCAGAUGGAUCUCCUGAACACAAACACACGGUUCCUACAUGACAACAUAGUUCUGUAUGCAAACCGCCUGGCUGCCACCUUGCCUGAGAAACUGGGUGUCUUCUAUUUCGUUAACUCUGGGUCAGAGGCCAAUGACCUUGCCUUACGCUUGGCUCAGCAGUACACCCAACAUGAAGACGUCAUUGUGCUCGACCAUGCGUACCAUGGCCAUCUGAAGUCCCUCAUCGACAUUAGUCCCUACAAGUUCCGGAAACUGGCAGGACAGAAAGAAUGGGUUCAUGUGGCACCCUUACCAGACACAUACAGAGGUAUGUACAGAGAGGACCAUCCAGCUCCAGGGAAAGCAUAUGCUGAUACUGUCAAGGAUCUAAUAGAGGAAGUCCACAAGAAAGAUCGCAAGAUUUCAGCCUUCUUUGCCGAGUCCCUGCCAAGUGUCGGCGGACAGAUCGUCCUACCUGAAGGAUAUUUCUCUAAAGUUGCAGAGUAUGUGCACUCUGCUGGCGGAGUGUUUGUGGCAGAUGAAGUGCAGACAGGAUUUGGACGCACAGGGAGUUGUUUCUGGGGCUUCCAGCUGCAGGGAGAGGGCUUCUGUCCAGAUAUUGUGACCAUGGGAAAGCCAAUGGGUAACGGGCAUCCCCUGGCAUGUGUGGCAACAACAGUGGGGAUUGCUGAGGCUUUCACUGCUAAUCAAGUGGAAUACUUCAAUACGUUUGGAGGGAAUCCAGUAUCCUGCGCUGUGGGCCUGGCAGUUCUUGAUGUGAUAGAAGAGGAGGAUCUGAGAGGAAACGCCACACGAGUGGGAACGCGGCUCAUGGAUCUGCUUAGAAAACUACAAGCCAAACAUGAAAUAAUCGGGGAUGUCAGAGGCAUCGGUCUGUUUGUGGGCCUUGAGCUGGUAACCGACAGAGAAGAAAGGACUCCUGCCCCUAAAACAGCCGCCUGGGUGGUGAAGAGGUUAAAGGAGGAUGAUAGGAUCUGUGUGAGUACGGAUGGCCCCUGGGAAAACGUCUUGAAGUUUAAACCUCCCAUGUGCUUUAGUGUGGAAAACGCAGAACUAGUUGUACGGUGCAUCGACCGCAUCCUCACGGACAUCAAGACCAGUGGCCUAAAACUGGAAAAUGAAGACAUGUAAGGUGUUUGGUGCCAACUCAUAAGAUGACCUCACCUGAGAGCAGCUAAAGCACAAUAUUGACAUGGAGAUGAAACUUGUUCUGAAACCUCGAUUCAACUCCACCACUCACAUCUUUCCCAGCUAAUCUUUCACACCAAUACAAAAACACCAGUCAGGGUUUUACUCCUGCAGCUUCAAAUACAUGUUCUAGUUAAGUUUUUCAUAGUCACAGGGUACAAACCUAGUAUUCAACAAGGUUUCCUUUAAUGCCCCAUUAAAAACUGUUUUAGAAGUUAUAAUACUAACAGUGAUCCAAGCAGUUACACACACACAUCACAGAGCUGCCGUUGGGAGUAGCUUUCCAUUUCAUUCAAAAGCUCUGCUCCCCUUAUUUUUACAAGUCCAUAUGGAAAUUAAAGGUCUUGUUUAUCCUGAUAACGCAUCAAGAUCUGAUACUUUACACGUUUCAAGACUUGAGGAGGAACCUUGUGAGAUGAUGUAAAUGAUCCCGUGUACAUUUUCUGCAAAUCGAUUAAAUCUAAAAGCAUAUGUAAACAUGAUGUCGCCUUUCUCUUACCUACAGCUGCAACUCCUAGAACUUACCAGAGCACCUUCUUUAAACCUCGGACACAUUCACAAAAAUGCUCAAAUAUGCAGUUGUUACAGUUAGUGGGGUGGGUACAAACACUCAGCCAAGUUCUCCUGGGAGUAGAGACGCCCUCACCCACAGCUCCUCAAAAAGGCCUCCGAAGAAGUGUUAGCAUUACGUGAGACAAAACAAGCAAGCCAUUUAACAGUACAGAACAUGUAACUUUAACUUUACAAAUAAUAACAAAAAGCGCAAUUUGUAAUAUAAACCAAAUUUUUAUUUCUACCAAUUUGCCCAAGACACUAGAGGAAUGAGUUAUCAGUGACCGAGGGAGAAUCUUCUUACAUUAACAGGCUUGCGUUCAGUUCAUUAACACUAGUAAAGCCACUUAAAAAUUGCAGACAUGAUAGGAAAAGAACUUCCUCUAAAAGCCAAAAGACACAAAACAAAAAGGGGGAAAACAGCAUGAUGUCUUCAUCUACAAGGCCAUCAGCAAAACUCACUUGACAUACAAAGAAUUUGUUUAGAUCUCUUUUCUUUACCUCACCCCACACCUGAAGCCAUGUCAUGUCCAACACUUGACAUUUCAGAAAAUAACUAAAUCUAGAAAACCAAAAAAAAAAAAAAAAAAGUAACAAAA